AUGAUCAGUAGAAAAAGUGAAGUCUCCAAUUUCACUCCAAGGGCUAUUACGAAUAGACCCAUAAGUAGUAAUAGAAGAAGAGGAAGGAACGAAAUAACAGAAGAGCAAAAAAAUGAGAUAAAAGAAGCUUUUGAUUUAUUUGACACGGAGAAAACUGGAAAAAUUGAUUAUCAUGAGUUGAAGGUAGCAAUAAGAGCCCUGGGAUUUGACAUAAAAAAGGCGGACGUUAUGGAAUUGAUGAGGGAGUAUGAUAAAUCGAAUUCGGGUUAUAUAGACUACAAUGAUUUUUUGGACAUUAUGACUCAAAAGAUUGGCGAUAGGGACCCAACGGAGGAAAUAAUCAAAGCGUUCAAAUUAUUUGACGAUGACGAUACAGGAAAAAUAUCCCUAAAAAAUUUAAGGAGAGUAUCCCGAGAACUGGGAGAAAAUUUAUCCGAUGAUGAGCUACAAGCGAUGAUUGACGAAUUUGAUAAAGACAUGGAUGGAGAAAUUAGCCAAGAGGAAUUCCUAAGCAUAAUGAAACAAACAAGUCUUUAUUGA